AUGGUCCGUUGCUUCGGCGGCAAUUCUUCCUGGGCGUGGAGGUACUGGCGCGAGACAGGGAUCGUCUCCGGAGGACUAUACGGGACCCAAGACGGCUGCAAACCUUACACGCUGCCUCCCUGCGAUCACCACGUGGAGGGUCCACUCCCAAAGUGCGGUGAAUUCCUACCCACCCCCAAGUGUGUAAACGCUUGCCGCGAUGGCUACGACAGGGACUACCAACACGACAGGUUCUACGGUAAAGAGGUUUACUCCAUCGGGAAGAGUGAAAAACAGAUACGUGUCGAGAUUCUGAAAAACGGCCCACUGCAGGCGGUUAUGCUAGGUUAUGAAGACUUCCUCCACUACAAGACUGGUGUCUACAAGCACGUGAGCGGAAAGUUGCUUGCAGGCCACGCCGUCAAGAUUAUCGGCUGGGGAACCGAGAAGGGAACACCGUACUGGCUCGUCGCCAACUCGUGGAAUACCCACUGGGGUGACAAAGGCUACUUCAAGAUCCUACGUGGCAGCAAUGAGUGCAACAUCGAGGGUCAGAUUCACGCUGGCAUCCCCAAGUUCUGAUGUUCG